GCAUUUUUAAAGCUUCUAAGCUAAGAAUAUCGACUUUUGUGUAGCGUCAAUUGUGUUUCACAUGCUAUUCACGUGUAUUGCAUACUUGAAACAUUGUUUGUAUGGAAAACAACAUAACAUAAAACCAACCAACUGUGAAAUCAUAUGACGUGUAAGAAACUCAUCUGAUAUAUAGACAAACCUAUCUACAGGAUAUUGUAAAUCAGAUCACAUUAACUUUUAAUAAAUAUGUCUUCGUUUAUCUCUACCAUAUUAAAAUCGACUGUUGGUGUAAUAUGUAACAAAAUACGAGAUAAAACAGCAGAAAAUCUUAAAGACGGUGAUGUUACGGAUGCGAAGCUUCGAGAAUUUGUUGUGGGAGAUUUGAAUGAUAUUAAAACUAAACUAGACGGACUGUCACGAAAAGAUCUUCUCAGCAGUUAUGAUUUCUUCAAACAAGGAAUUCACCUUUUACUUGAUUGUAUCGAGAACUCCGCACAACUAAAAGAGGGACAACAGUUUAAUAUGAAGUUUGGGAAAACCUAUCAUAUGGCUUUAGAUUGGCCGACCAUUCAAUUAAAAAACAAACAAUUUAAUCCAAUAUUGAACUGGCGUGAAAUCUCGAAGAGAAAUUCUUGGGACAGUAAGGUUCCAGGUCCUAAUGAAUUGGAAUUAAAAUGGGAUAUCGAAAUACGACAUCUUCAUUGCAAUAGUAGCUAUGACUUCAUUUAUUGUGAUCUAGAGAGAAAUUUACUCAAUAUUAUGAGAAAAGAUGCUGAUGAUGAAGUCGUCUAUAAAUUUCCUUUAUCUGACGUCAUAGAGGCCAGCUUUAUAGAUAAAAAUGAUGACAUGUACAUCAUUGUCCAACGAGAAACGUCCUCUAACUUUCAUCUAGUGGUGUUGGAUCCUUAUUUACUUGUUAAAAGUGAAAUAUCCUUGGAUCUUACUUACGAAGACUUUUGUAGAUUUCAUUUAUUCGUGCCAGCAGAAAACAUUGUGGUUUAUGAUGAACUCAACAAAUGUGUGUUUGUUUGUGACUUACAAGGAAAAUUGAUAAAGCAGUUUACAGUUGAACUAAUAGGAAAUCGUAUGCAACGAAUAGUCGUUACCAAUGAGAACGAAAUCAUUUUAGGUGACUGUCUUUCUUUGUACAUUUAUUCAAUGGAAGGUUGUUUGAAGUCGAAAGUGAAUUUGCAUAUACAUUUUUUUAUAGAUUUUUUCUAUCACUUUGGUCUGAAAAAAUUUCUCAUAAUUGAAUAUUGUGGUGAUAAUUCCCGUAUUCACAGUUGUGAUCAUUCAGGAAAACUUGAAACAUUGACUGAUCUUAAAGACAUUUCUAAUGAAGGGUUCUUAUCCUCAAGUUCAGUUCCAGUUGUAAGUUGUUCUUCACGUCGUACGUCCUCAGUUUACCUUAUGUGGUGUUAAAACCACUUGAAACUACUAAACCAUUUUUCAUGUUUGUAAUCAAUCGUCUUUUAGUGUGAUCUCCCUCCUCCCGUUUUUGUAGAGCAGUGUUUGUAAAAACACUCUAUUUAUAUUACAUUUUUUAUUUUAUAACAAUUGUCGUACUUUAUGUAAGAUUUCAUAUUGAAAUGUUAAUUUCUCGUAAUAUUUGCUAAUAAAUCCUCAAUAUCUUUAUGUAAAAAA